GAGUGUGUAAAGAAUCUAAAAUUACUUUGUGAUAUCUCAUUGAUAGCUUCUUUCAGCAGCUAUCCUCCUAUAAGCUUGAAUAAUUUUUUUUAAUUCCGUUUCUUUUAAAUUCAAGUAAAGUUAAAUAAGAUCCCAAACCAAUUACUGUACGUCACAUUUUUCUGCUCGCUUAUUUUUAUUUUAGAGGGAUCAUUGAUCGUAUGGGCUAUUUUUUCAAAACCUUUUGCAUUCAAUGAAUAAAAGUUAAAAAAGUAUAUAGGUGCUAUUUAUGCUGUGUCUCUGAACAGAAAACAUUCCGUGCCACGUCGAACACCUAUGAAGUUUCUCCAUUCAUUUCCUCCUAUUAUUUAUAGUAGGCAUUGUAGGAGUAUUGACGGUAUUGGUCGCAUGCAGGUCAUAGUUAUCACAAAUAAAAACAAACGUUUUACGAUGUUAAUUUUGGUGAUGUCCAUUACGCUAUUCUCUAUUUAAUCACCAUUAAAUAAUCACUCAUCAGGCACCUCCAUCAAUAAGGCAUGCAUUAGUAGGCAAUUAUAACGAGUAUUACGUCGAGUCAUUUCUAAGUUAUUCGUUUAACUCUCUUGUUCUUAUGUCAUUCGCAGGUAGAGUUGAAAUUGUGAGUUAAUUCUUCAGAGCAUGCGCACUGUCAGUGGUUUUAUAGUUGUAUUCACAUUGAGCUGUGCAUAGGGUGAAGUUGCCAAGAGAAUAUAUUCGUUGCGUACCAAACUAAAUAAAAAAUGGGCAAGAAUAAGAACGGUGGCAAGACUACGUUAAGGAAGUUGGCCGCGCAAAAUUCCGGUAUCAAAACUAAAGAUGGGUCAUCCGUACCCAAAUCUGCUCCCAGCGAAAAUAGGGGUGGACCUAACUCUCCUUCCACUGACGCGAGUAAGAACUCCCAGAACAAGAAAACACUCGCUGGUUCUACCACCGGUUCUUCAGACCCACCAGUUGUAAUACAGAACUCUGCAAGGGAAACCCCGAUAAGACCUGCUACGGUUAUUGCAAGCAAGACUCCUGCUAGUACUGCUCCGACCCUCCUAAGACCAAACCUGUCGAUUCCACCGACGAAAUCGACACUACCCCCUCCGCCGCCAGACCCAGUGUUCGUGCUGAGGGGAGCGGCGUCCCCCGUAACUUGUGUGCAGUUUAUCUCCCCGGCGUUGAGACUCAAUGAGUUGUCACCAUCGCAGUCGGAAGCGUUGAAUGCAACUUAUGGAUCCCCAGACACGGACCGAGGGAAGGACGAGGCUUCGUCGGCGAAGAGGUCCCAUGCCCCGCCGUUACUCAAACUCCCUCCGCCAGGGUUCCUUCAACCCACUACGCACAUCGCCGCGGGAAUGCAGAGUGGGCAGAUCUGCAUCUGGGACCUCAAGACAAAGGUACAAGUUGCAUGCUGGCAAGCGCACACCUAUGACUGUGCCGUGUUGGCGCUCAAGAGCGUGACUCCCACGAACCUCGUCUCCAUGGGGAGAAGAGACAGCCUGAAGCUAUGGCAUAUCGAUCUUUCCACCACCAACGAACUAGAGACCAACUCCUGUGAUCCCGCGGCUGACAAGGAGGACGGUUCUCCGAAGAAUAACCGUGUGGUGCCCAUAUGCAAGACUCAGAUUUCUCUGGGGGAUUACCUAGGGUUUGCAUCGUGUGACGUGUUCAAACAAUUGAACUGCAUUGUUGCUGCCAUGCCUGGGGGACCACAGGACGCCGUAAGCGUUUGGUCAGUGGAUGACCGCAUCAAGAUCUGCCAAUUGCGGGUCAACGAAACCACCAAAGUAGGGAGUGUCAUGCAACUCAAAUGGGUCGAAAAGAGGAACCGAGUGUCACUUUUGGUUGCCUACGAGAGUGGAGACCUUUGUCUUUGGGACUGGAGCAACAGAGAUCUCCACUCCAUUGCCUGCAUUAAAGGCACUCCUGUAUCUUUGGAGUACGACCAGAGUUUAGGCAGUGGGAUCCUUGGUACCACCGAAGACGGGAUUUUCAUAUUCAACAUCUCGAGUACCUUAGACCUGACCAUCGUAAGGGAGAUCUCUGUUACAAACGAGGGUCUUGGCUGCUGCAUUUCUCGACCGGACAGCAAGCUUUACGCCACUGGCGGCUGGGAUAACAGGAUUAGGAUUUUUUCGUGGCACAAACACAAGCCUCUGGCGGUUCUUGACUACCAUGCGAACAGUGUGUCUUGUCUGCAUUACUCGGCGAGCAGAGCUGUCAGCUCUGAUGGAGCUGGGCCAAUUAGUGCCGGGGCUGAACAUGUGCUUACUGCUGGAUCGUUGGAUGGAAGUGUUUCUCUUUGGAAGAUUUAUUAAGGUAAUCCCGAUGGUGACAUUUUUCGUGCAUUUCAAUUUUAAUACAAAGAGAAGUACCCAAUGAAUUCUGAACUGCAUGUAUCUGGGAGAAGAAAGCCUUCUAAUGCAUUUCUUUUUUCUCGAGUGAAAUAAUUGACCGUUUUGAAGCGACCUAUUUUUCACACAAAUCUGCUAAGUAUUUAAAUUUAAUAAGAUUGUUUUUUAAUUCUGGGAAUUUUUUUGAAGAUAAUGAGGAACAUCACACUUAUGCCAAUUUCCACAUGCGCUCUUCUCACAUCUAUUCUAACCCUGGUUGCAAUCUGUUCUGUGAACCGAAGCACUGUCGAAUUCGUUUUCUGUAUCUAGGAAUGCCAAGUACCCUUUCUUUAGUUCUCUCGGUAAAUUCAUUCCCGAAAGAUAUAUUUUUAUUCACUGUCACAUCUUGAUUCAUUCUGUUCCUCAUCUCACCUAGCCCUCUUAACUUUCCUACAACAUCGUAGCACGCACUAAUUUUUAUUAGCGCAGAAUACCUUCUUGCAAUACGCACUGACACAGCCUGUGAAAUCAUUCUGUAUUGCCUUAUCUUUAUCCUUCUCUCAUGACCUUCCAUUUAAUGCAAAAAUACUAGACUUCAAUUCCAGACGUCUGGCACACACUCGUUUGACCAGGUCUCAUUGAACUGACCAGUUCAUCUGUAUCCUACCGACUGGCUUACUUGCAGAUCUUGUGUUGACAUUAUUUCUUUUCAAAAAUGUGUUGUCUCGAGGUUAGCAAUUUCAAGUACUCACCUGUUCGGUUAUAACGUAUUUUUCACGGUCACAUGAGUGGAGACAAUAAAAUAAUAUUCACGAUAAAGGCAUUUAUU